AAAGACGUUUACACUUACUAUGGGACCACACGAUGGGAUAAUCACGAUCUUUACCCCAUUCCAAAGAAAGAAAGAACGUUUGGAGUGAUGGCUUUCUUUGCUUACUGGAUUACAACUGGCGUGUCAGUGGGCACGUUCACCCUGGGAAGCACGUACAUUGCGCUCGGUCUCAAUGCUGGGGAAACGCUGGGUGCGAUUCUUGGUGGAUGCAUUCUCUCCGAUAUUGUGGGAUGUCUUUGUGGGAAGCCUGGGCAGGAUUAUAGCAUUGGCUAUACUCUCAUGAAUCGUGCUACGUUUGGGCUAUGGGGCACAUGUCUUCCAAUUACUGUUGUUGGUCUUGGCGGCAUCGUCUACUCUGGCAUUCAAUCGUACUAUGGCGGCGAAGCUUUUACACUCGUCCUGGGUGCAAUCUUCCCGUCCUUUCACAGAAUGAAGAACACUCUACCUGCUAACGCAGCCAUCACAACGCAGAAUCUGAUCGGGUUCAUUUGCUUCAUCGCAGUGUAUAUCCCCAUACUUUGGUUCGUUCCACUCCAUCAGAUCAGAAAGGGUCUUUACCCCUCUUUUAUCAUGAUCUGUGCCUGCUUUAUCGGUCUCUUGGCUUGGGCUCUCCACGCAAACGGCGGAACUGGGAGCCUGAUUAGCUCUCCAAUCGUACUCACCAAGACGCAGAAAGCCUUUCGAAUAGUCCAAUGCUUGAGCACUGUAAGUGGUUCUUGGGGAGGAGCUGGGGAGCGAUACUCUGAUUGGUCACGAUUUGAGAGGAGGAAAAACACCGCAUUUCUAGCAAUGGCUGUUGCGCUUCCAAUCACGAUAACUAUCACUGGUUUAAUCGGCGUUCUUGUCACUACUGCGACUACGGAGAUGAAUGGGGGUGUCAUUCAGUGGAAUCCACUUCUCCUACUCAUCUCUAUUCAGCAAGAGACCUACACCCCUCUGAGUAGAUGCGCAACAUUCUUUGCCGGAAUCGCCAUUCUUUCAUCGCAAAUCUUUGUCAAUUUGACUCAAAACACCAUCCCGUACGGAAUGGAUCUAGCUGGAAUGUUUCCAAGGUACUUAAGCAGGAAGCGUGCGUGCAUGAUCUUACGAACAUGGGGACAAAAGUCCGUGCGUUCAGGCUUCUAUAUUGCCACGUCUACCGGGAUUCUCAUUGCCGACUACUGGAUUGUUCGAAAACGUCUGUGGAAUGUUCCUGAUCUCUAUGUUGAAGACGGAAUUUAUUGGUACACUGGAGGAUGGAACCUACGUGCUGUGGUUUCACUGUUUGUUGGGAUGAUCCCUGGAUUACCUGGCUUCUUCAUGACAGUCAUUGGCAGCAAUCCCGACAGCGCUGCAGUAAAGAUAUUCCAGGUCUACUACUGUGUGGGAUUUCCUCUCGGCGUCCUCACUUAUCUAGCGGCUUACCACCUCUUCCCGCCCGCCGGUCUUGGCGUGAAAGUUCUUAUGGAA